AUGAGCAAGAUCAAUGCAUCCUGUCUUGACUGUGAAACUCUAGGUACUAUGAUUGUAUCUUGUCAAGCACAGAACGUUGCCACCGGGGAAAUUAGCAAUUGUUGUAGUGGCCUACCAGCAGACCUCGUUGAUUUAUGCGUUUCAACAUGUCCACAAGCUUUGGUCAAUUCACCAUGUAAUCAACCAUUACUCACGAGAAAAUCAAAAUUUUGA